CUGGGGGAGGGACGGGGAGGGACUCUUAGGACCAGGAAGAUCCUCCCAGACUGGGCUGUCCGUAGGAAGGAAGUCUGAGCUGAAAUCGCUCUGCCUUCCCGCCCCCUUUGCCUUCUCUGUUGUGGAAUCUGCUCUACCUUCCCUGGGAUCUUUAGUGUAUCUCUCUUUUUUCCUUGGGAGCUCCUCCGGGUCUUUCGCCGGUUUUCCCGGAGCUCCUCGGAUCUCUCCCCUUUUCCCCCCAGAGCUCAGAUCUCUCCCCCUUUAACCUCCUGGGAGCUCAGGGCUCUCCUCUCUUUUUCUCUUGGAACUAAGAUCUCUCCCCUCUUCCCCCCUGGGAGUCCAGAUCCCUUCCUCUUCUCCUUCCUCUCCCCCCCACCAAGAGCUCAGAGCUCUCCCCUGUUUCCCCCUCCCCCUUGGAGCUGGGAUCAUUCGGCAUUCCUGCACUCAAGCCUGUGCUUGCAGCUCCCAGGUGGGAGCAGCUGACUCUGAGAUAAAGACCUGGUGCCAAAGGGAGGAACUUGAGAAAGAGGAGUCACUUUGGUUGCUUUGCUACCUCUACGGGGAGCCUGGAGCCAGAGGGAAUGGGCCCUGGGAGCCUCGGACCUCCUCAGGAUGUUGUGACAUUCAAGGAUGUGGCUGUGGACUUCACCCAGGAGGAGUGGGGGCUCUUGGACCCCUCUCAGAAGGAGCUGUUCAAGGAGGUCAUGGUGGAGAACGCCCGGAACUUUCUCUUCCUGGGGCUUCCAGUUCCCAGAGAAGAGACAAUCUCUUAUUUUGAGCAAAGGGAAGCACUGUGGAUGCUGGACCAAGAAGGCCUAAGGAAAUGCUCACCAGGAGAAAUCAGAUUGCAAAUGAAGGAAACUCCUGCAGAGUUAAGCUAUUCUGUGCUAGAAACUCCCAAACAACGAUUCACGGGUGAUGGAUCCUGUGACUUUACUUGGAGAGAAAGCUGUGCAACACAUGAGAGAAUCCAGCUUAGAGAGAGACAUUGUGAAUGUACUGAACGUGGAAAAGGUUUUAUCAAAAAGAAAAGUCUCGUUGUACAUCAGAGAAUUCACGCUGGAGAGAAGCUUUCUGAUAGUCAGCAGCGUAGCAAAGGUUUUAGACAAAAAGGAACUCUUAUUGUACAUCAGGAAACAAACACUGGAGAGAAAUCUUAUGAAUGUAACCAGUGUGGAAAGAAUUUUAGAGAAAAGGGAUCUCAUAUUAGACAUCAGAGAAUCCACACUGGAGAGAAACUUUGUGAAUGUCAGCAGUGUGGAAAGGCUUUUAGAAGGAAGAUAGAUCUUACUGUACAUCAGAGAAUCCACACUGGAGAAAAGCCUUACGAAUGUAACCAAUGUGGAAAGGCUUUUAGACACAAGACAGCUCUUAUUAGACAUGACAGAAUCCACACUGGAGAGAAACCUUAUGAAUGUAACCACUGUGGAAAGGCUUUUAGAGAUAAACGUAGUCUUACUGUACAUCAGAGAAUCCACACAGGUGAGAAACCUUAUGAAUGUCACCACUGUGGAAAGACUUUUAGCGAAAAGCGAGUUCUUACUGGACAUCAGAGAAUCCACACUGGAGAGAAGCUUUAUGAAUGUCAGCAAUGUGGCAAAGAUUUUAGUCAAAGGAAAGCUUUUACUAGACAUCAGAGAAUCCACACAGGAGAAAAACCUUUUGUAUGUAACCAAUGUGGAAACACUUUUAGAGAAAAGGAAGCUCUUGUUGGACAUGAGAGAAUCCACACUGGCGAAAAACCUUAUGAAUGUAACCAAUGUGGAAAGGCUUUUAGAAGGAAGGUAGGUCUUAAUGUACAUCAGAGAACUCACACUGGAGAGAAGCCUUAUGAAUGUAACCACUGUGGAAAGGCUUUUAGAGAUAAGGGAGGUCUUAUUGGACAUCAGAGAAUCCACACUGGAGAGAAACCUUAUGAAUGUAACCAAUGUGGAAAGGCUUUUAGAAGCAAGGGAGGUUUUAUUGGACAUCAGAGAAUCCACACUGGAGAGAAGCCUUAUAAAUGUAACCAAUGUGGAAAGGCUUUUAGAAGCAAGGGAGGUUUUAUGGGACAUCAGAGAAUUCACACUAGAAAGAAGCCUUAUGAAUGUAACCAAGGUUGAAUGACUUUUAGAGAAAUUAGUGUUCUUACUGGCCAUCAGAGAAUCCACCCUGAGGAGAAGUCUUAUGAAUGUAACCAUGUUAAAAAAAAUAAUAAUAAACUUUUAAAUGUAUGAGA